CUAUUCUUAUGUUCCAAACACGUAUUGUUCCUUGGAUAAACUAUGAAGAAUUCGAAACUGUCUACCACUGGUUAUUCUCAGACAGAACGGCACAAGUAGAACAGGUCAAACGUGGUAUUGAUCGCGUUCAAACAUGGAUAAAUAGAGGUGAAAUCCCUCCUUCUGUAGAGAUGACAGCAGCAUUUAUUGAACUCAUCAUUCGCGAUGAACAGUUUGGUCAUCACCAUUCGCAUAAAGAACUAAGACUCAUGUACGCCAUGGCCAUUGUUCGGUUUGUCAAUGGCCUUGUGGAUCGCGAACAAAAAGGUAAAUUUGCCAAGUCUAUUCAAGUACUUGCACGCAGUAUGGGUUUGCCUACUUGGUUUGUUGAUUUACGUCAUGCAAGUACCCAUGAGCGUUUACCAAGUUUGAUUGUCUUGCGUGAUGGGGCUAUGCAAGCUGUUGCCUGGCUUCAUGAUCAUUAUUGGGUCCGCAACCUCAAAAGCACAGAGCAGAAACAGAUGCUACAGCAUAAUCCAGAGAUCAAGGUCAAGCUGAACCAGUACAAAGAUUGCAGAAAGACGUUUAUCAAGGAGAAAUACAAUGAUCCUACACCUUAUGUGACCUGUAUUCAGAGUUUAGUGGAAUUGAUGAAUGAUGAUGUGAUACAUCAAGAGAUUAUUCCGUUACUGUUAGGCGUAGGCGGACUAGUGCCUACCAGCAAAAAGAAGCGUGCAUCAGCAGAGCAUAUGCAGAUCUCAAAGGGAUUGAUUGAACUCUGGACACCUUUGAUUCAAGGCCUGGAUGAUGGAUUUCCUGAUUUUGGGCAACAAUUAGUGUCUUGUAUGAUAGAUAAGUUGGACGCAAAGGAUGAUUUCGAAAUAAACCAAGUCUUAUUGAACCCAUACGCUGCUUUUGCUACAAAAGAUGGAGCUGAAGAUGUCACCAAAGCACCUUCUUAUCUAUUGACAUUGACCUGUUGGUUAAGGCAUUUUGUACAAGAAUUCAAACAACCUCGCAAACAUCGUACAUUAAGCCAUUUGACUAUAGACGAUAUCUUGGAAUCUUCACUUCGACGCCCUAAUUACUAUACUCGAUUUAUACUGCAAAGUAUUGCUACAGUGGAUCCGGAGUUAGGUCAGUCCAUAAAGCCCUUUACAAAAUACAUGGAUCAAAUGAUUGUCAAGUCCAUCAAAGACAAGGUAAACGAAACCAUCUCAACAAAGAUAUUAACCCCUCUUAUAGUCCAAUCAAGACACAUUGCCCCUAAGCAAACAAGACCAACAAGGACUUGAGCAAGAAUUAGAACAGUUGGCAUCACAACUUGUCACUCUAAAAACCGAUAAAAAGGUACCUAAAAAGAGAAAAGUAUCAAGACAACAAGAAGAUAAGAUGGAUAUCGACACAAGCCAUUGGGCACUCUAUCCAGAUUGGAAGCCUUGUCCUAUGGGUACGCUGCCCAAUGGUAAAGUACCUUGUCUUGACAUACCACAAUAAAAGAAAAUCAUGCAUACACCAUAUAAUAAGCCACAUAUGUAGGACUUGCUUUGUGACUUGUUUGAAUUUAGACGCACAAAAAAUAAUAGCUACCUGUCUGAUAGAAAAAAAAAAUAAUAAGGUCC